GAGAAAAGACCAGUUUCCUGCAGCUGUUUUUGUAGUUGAGAGAGAGAGGGGUGAGUGAGAAAGAGAGAGAGAAAGCCACAUCAUCUGACACUGACAAAGUGAGCCAGAGAGUGAAGGAGUGUGCAAGAGAAGAAGAAGAGGGAAAAAUUUCCAGGGAAAGAGAGGGAAAACCCUAACCUAGAAAAAGUAAGAGGAGAGACAGAGCAAAAAAGUCACCAGUUGAAGAGUGAAAGAAGGACCCCAGAAUGUCAACUUUGGCAAAAGAGACACCCGUGGAAGAUGCCAACAACCAAAGCUUCUGGAUGCCAGGGAACUACCAGAGCACGGUCCGCCGCACCGAGGAAUGCUUCCAGGCCUGUAACUUCGUGGUGGCGUGCUUCCAGGAGAGGGCCCGCGUGGAGAAGCAGUACGCCCAGCAGCUCAGUGAGUGGAGCAACAAGUGGAAGCCCCUGGUAGAUAGCAGCCCUCUGUAUGGUUCCCUUCUGAGGGCGUGGCAGUGCUUCCUCUCCUCUGCUGACCGCCUGUCUGCCCUGCACUCCUCCAUCUGUCGAUCCCUUGUUUCUGAAGAUGGGGACAGAGUGAAGACCUGGCAGAAAGAGACAUUCCACAAGAAAAUGUUUGGGGGCUUUCGGGAAUCCCAUGACUUUGAUAUAGGCUUUGCUCGUGCUCAAAAACCCUGGGCAAAGAAGUUGAAAAAGCUAGAGAAGGCGCGCAGUGCGUACCACAAGGCGUGCCGCAAGGCACAGGUCGCCCAGGACAGAGAAGCGCAUGCCAGCGGGAAUCCUGACUACGCCAUCGAGAAGCAGAAGAAAAUACAGGAGGAGCGGGAACAGGCUGCUCAGGAAAAAGACAAAGUACGUGGUCGCUAUGAAAAAGUAUUAGAGGAAGUUACACGCUAUGCUCCACGUUACAUGGAGGAAAUGGAGUCCAUUUUUGACCAAUCUCAGGAGGAAGAGAGGAAGAGGAUCAGUUUCCUCAAACAGGUUUUCCUGUCCAUACAUAGACAUCUUGAUGUGACCAAUAAUGAGAGUGUGAAGGCAGUAUAUAGUGAGCUCCACCACACUCUCAUGUCCAUUAAUGAACAGGAUGACCUGCGCUGGUGGAAGAACCAUCAAGGCCCUGGCAUGCCCACUGACUGGCCUUGCUUCCAGGAAUGGAUUCCACCUGAAAAGAAGACAAAGGGAAAGAAGGAGACAGAGAAAAAAAACAUGCUCGAGCGAACUGUAAUGAUGGGAGGUGUGAGAGUGAGGGCUCUCUAUGAAUAUAUGGGACAAGAAACCGAUGAACUCUCCUUUAAAGCAGGGGAGGAAUUCCUGAAGAUAGAGGAAGAGGAUGACCAGGGCUGGUGCAGAGGAAUGAAGGAUGGGGGUCAAGAAGGACUGUACCCUGCAAAUUAUGUAGAGGUCUUGUAGUAACUCAGUCGCACCACAAGAGGGAUUUGAUACCAUCCAAAAUUACUUUGCUUACAGCUUAGUUGUGGUGUUAAUGCCCACAGUAUCCUGUGUGUACAGCAUUAAUUCUGAACCCUGGACUUGGAGCCACAACAGAUUAUCCAAUUAUGUGCUGAAUGUUAUCAAUUCCAUACAAAGAUUUUGAAUCCUCUUCUUUUGGAUGUAUACACACAUGUACAUUUUAUACCCAGUCUUUACAUCUUUAAGCUUCAGUUAUAAAAUUUUACUCACAGAAUUAAUUAUUUUUCAUAUUACAUUCAAAAUGUCAGCCAAAGCUUGUGAAACAACUUUUCUACUGUGCUUUCAAUUGGGCAUUUGAAAUACUUGUAUUUCAUUAAGGAUAUGUACAGAUGCACACAAUAUAUAAUACCUGGAUUGGUGGAGGAUUGGCUCAUGAAAGAAAUGGAACUUAAUGUAGGUUGAGAGGGUUUAUAUGAGUUCAAAUAAUGCAUUGUUUUGACUGCUAAUUUGGAACAGGUAAAAAUGGCUGUAUUGUGUGUGUGCAUGUGUGUGUGUGUGCACGCAGAGGCGUGCUGUGGCAGUUUCAGCUGUUUCAAAUGAAAUGGGCCCCGAUGAGCCAAGGGACCCUGAACACCCAUGAGAAUUAAAAAAAGGUCUAUCGUAAGAUUUAAAAUGUUUAAGGGUGUCCUAAAUAUAAUCAUGCAUUUGCCAUUCACGGCUACAUUGCGGCACUUCUGAAGUACUUUCCUGACCUUUCCAUAACAGCGUCCUUGACUACCGUAGAUGCCAGCUUCACACUUAAUUAAACUCCUGUUUACAUUCAUCUGUAGUAGCUAGCUUAACAUUGCAAUAUUCUGAUGUACUACUAUAGGGUGGCUCUCCACUCAAUCAAGAACUCCCCAUUUGGUGUCAGUCAUUUUGGUUGUUAGCAGGCUAGUUUUAAGAUUCCCUAGUUGUAUGAGGACUGCUCAUAGAACUGCAUAAGAAUUAAGGAAAAAGUUAUAUGGCAAGCCAUGUAGCAUAAUGUUACCUAACUAAAUAACUUGGCAUUUUUCCUUCUUUAGUUCAUCUUCUGUGGUAACACACUGCAUGUCCACAGGUGUACAGUAUACAACACAAAACCCCACAACACAAAUAAUUUCUUGUAUCGUCAGAAUGCACAUCAAAUGAGCUGUCUCUCUGCCAUUAUUUUGACACCCUAUACAGGUUUGCGUGGUCAAAAUCAGCCUUAUGGCUAUUUGCAUAACCAAAACAAAGUUUCCCAUGUGAAAUAAGUUUAGAUCAUUUAAGUAGCAAAGUUAGGGUAGCAAAAAUGGUAGCAAUGUGAUAUUCACUCAAAACAAAUAAAAAUAAAAUUAUUGGACAGUAGUUGCACACGACAGUAUUAAGUACACUAAAAAAAAAACAUUUUUCCCUUUCCUUCAUGAAAUAAUUGACACAAUUAUGGACAAUGGUUUAACGCAAUAUUACAAAGCAUAUUUGACGUCUUCAACUUAAUCAGUUGAAGUUGCAUAUACUCAGUAAUAUUGUGUGCAGCCACUGUCCAAUGAUUUAUUGUUUUGGGUGUGUGUUAUUUAUUACAGGCUUACGUUAUGUUUUGAAUAUGUUAUAUAGCAUAUGUUAACAUGAUAUAAUUGACCGAUCUUAUUUUAAUUCCUAAAUUAAAUUUGUGCCAGUUUUUCUUUUUAGAAGCACCUCAAGCUUCUUAAAGCUUGUUUUUAAAUUAAUAAAAAGAUUUUACACAUUC